AGUCGUUACUCGUUUAUUUGAGUACUUGUUUCUUAAAGAACUUCGUGGGGUGAUGGAACUACUACAACUAGAAAAAAAAUGAACCACGCUUGAAGUAGUCGCUUUCCUCGACAUUUGUCUCCGCGUAAUGGAUUGUACUAGCGCUACUCAAUCGCUUUCGACCUGAUGGCGCAGUGGUUAUGACCACUAACCUAAGGCAUUUGACUUGCUGCUCUAUAGAGAUGAACGCGACGCGUAACAUCAACACACUCUGAAAAUUCAAAAGAUUUGUGUUUCUUUGAUCUGUUCACGACCCACCGUCAGGAUCACCUACUUGAGCGCCAUUAAAAAUCAACAAGGAUGACGAAGAGCAGUGUCUUGGCCCAGCUGAAAGCAGCGCAAGUGCGUCUCAUCGCUGCAGCAGAAUCUCUUUGCGACAACUUGUGUAGCCAGCGGACGCGCCUCGUUGGGGGUAGUGUUUCGCAGUUUGUGCAGAAAACAUCGCAGAAUUUUGCCGACAGCUUGGGUAUUCGCGAGGUCGUUCUCGCAUUCGUAACCGGGUGGGUUCUUUGCGUUUCCGUGGUUCCCCUUGCUCUCUUUGCCAUCGUCUGGGCGUGGAUUGGAAAAAAAGUAUCAGAUUGAUAGUUAUGUACUUCUAGUUCUUCUAGUUGUAUUAGAUUAUAGAUGAGCUACUUAGUACAAUCAACACCGACGACCAGAACUCCUUAAUAUCGAUCCUCGAUCUACCCAGGCCUCCGACUGGUGUGAUUGGGUUUUGUGCCCCUUUAGGGCGGGCAGAUUUAGCAAGAACAGGGAUUCCAACAGUGCUACCAGUGGUUUUCCAGAGCAGCACAAUGCUUGCGAUGGAAUGAUAGCCGGACGUUGCCGUGAUUGUCCUCGAGUGGAGUCCUCGCGGUCAUGUGAAGAUGAUGUCGCGCUUUCGUCGAGAGGCGGUUGCAGUGUCACGCUGUUUGGCAUAUCCGCAUGUUCUACAAGUCCGCCACCGUCGUGUAGUGGUUCGCUGGAAGGUUUUUCCGAUUGCUCCGACGAAGCAUCGGACUUCGUUCACUCUUGUUCAGAGGACUACACAGACGACGACGAUUGCCCGCUCUCAUUUUCCGAUAUUGAUGAGGAUGCCACCAUCUCAAUGACAGUGCUGGAAGAACAAGAUGUAGUUCUUGAAGGUGGUCGACAUGUUUCGCGUUACACGAGAAGCGGUAGCUGGGAUAACACGACUACGACUGCAACUAGUAGUAGAAGCACAACGGGAACGGUUGACGAGGAGCACGCAGCAGAAAGGGCACUUUCAUCUUCAAAUGAUAAAUCGGUGACCGUGGUGGGUUGUUUCUCGAAGAAUCAUGAGCAAAACACCUGCGCGAGUCCUGGCAAGCAGAAUAAAACCCUGUUGUCCCGUCUAGUACAGCAAUGCUUUUCGAGGACGCCAGAUGAAGAUGAACAACGUGCUCACUUUGCAGUGCCCACUGGUGCGAGCAGUACUGGUGCUAACUCGAAAAAACGACCUGUAAUAUCAAUCGAAUUUUUGCAGAAGAGUAUCCCUGCCAGGUUCGUUAGCAUGCUACUAGGCAAGUCGCCGCGUGCAUUUUCUGGAGGUUUGUCAUGUUCGUUGCUGAGGACGCCUCGGCGAUUUUUACAAGGAAUUCACAAUUGCCUGGCUUCGAUCCGAAACAUCAAAGACAGAAUCUUCGUCAGAAGUAGAGUGUUCGCCUCUCCUGCAAGUAGCUUCAACAGGAUCAGAACGAGCAAGAGGACGACGACAGUUGACAGGAGUUGUUCUAAGGACGAUGAUGAGAUGGGUGCAUUUGCUAGGGAGAGCGUGUCCCAACCCCAAGACCGAGAUCCAGCGCAUAGGAGUUCUACUUUCAGCAGAACGAUCACGCCAUUAAUCGACGUCGACGAGAGCACCAUCGACGUCGGCAGUUCGUGGAAGAACAUUCGUGCGACCGCGAAACGUCGAUCUAUACUUCUACAGGGGUCGCACCACGAUCAUGACGAUGACAGAAAUUGGCAGGAUAAAUGUGGCUCCGAUGCUGAUGAUGAUCAUGCCACUGUGCCUGCCAAAGCGCGGCCACCGAGUUGUAGUCCUACUAGAAGACCGCAGCUAGGUCGCCGAUUUCUUUAUCCGUCUCUCGCUAAUGAGCGCACGAGUGGCUUGAAAGCGCCUCGUUUCUGUGGUCGCGAUCAUCCGCUAUCCCGUGCUACUUCAGGCCAUACAACUUCUACUUCGACCACCAUUGCAGCUUCAUCUAGCUCAUUCAGCACGAACGAGUCGAGCGUAAGUGGGCCACUGGGUGCGUUCUCCUCACCCCUGUCCAUGUCACAGACGCUUAGUUCACUAAGUCAGCCGACGCCUUUUCGAAGUCAAGGCAAACAGCUGAGGCGGAGCAAGUCGAAUCUGAGCGACCUGCUGCAAAGCAGCAUGUGCCAGCACUUAUGGCACUUUUGUAAUAGUUGUAGUCACAACUAGUAGUAGAAGAGGAUGAGAGAAUAAGAAUAACUUGAAGAACUUCAAUAUUGAAGACUUUUGGCUACUUUUUCAUAUGAUCGUCGAUAGAUGAAGAUGUCACAUCUUAUGUCACAUUGUGAACCAAUCCGAAUCGACCAACAUCAUCAGAUGAAGAUGUGAACAGGAGCUACUAUUUGUUAUAGACUGAGAACUUCCUUCUAAAUCACAAGAAAAGCAGUAACCUGAAUAACGUGCUGCAUACUCAGCGUCAAAGAAACGGAUUGCAUCCUUUAGCGGAAGGAGAGCCUGAAUCUUUGCUGUUCACUGCAAACGCAUAA